GGGUUCUGCGUUUGUGAGCAAGUCUGCCAGUUUCGCUCGGCCAUCCGUGGUGGGAGUGCAAUUGCGGGCGCGUAUUCAAUUGCCGCUGCUCAUUUGACGGCAGGCUAAGCCUCGAUGGUGUGGGUGGCAGUCGGGGGACUAACAAGCCCGACGGGCCUCGAUAAUGCCAUCCGCCGACCCAUGAAAGCGGCUAUUUUGUCGUCGCAACGGGCUCCCCGCGUGAGUCACUUGAACAAUGUCCGGUACGAGGCACGAAGGUCUAAGAAGAAGGCUUUGCGCGACCUUGCUAGUGUGAUUUCCCGUAUUUCCGUUUUCUCUUUCAUAAACCUAUCCACGCCUCGGUGUAUGCUUUUUUUCUCCACUCACCGCCGAAGAAACCAGUCCAGGUGGUCUCUUUGCUUCAUCCGAACCUCAGAAUCAACCUCCCGAGGGAGACCCCACAUAAAGAGGGCAAACCCGGAGUCCGAUAUGUCCGCCGCACCGGAGCUCUCCUCCUCGUCGGAGCAACGCCCAACCCCGGGCACGGAGCCAGAUCCGCGCACCUUUAUCCGCGUCCGCACCACCCGCCCGCGGCAGCCCUUCCCACCCCAUAGCGUCCGCCAGCCCAUUACGACGGAGCGGCUUGUCCUGCGCGCUCUGACCGAGGACGACUUUGGGGCCUUCCGCGCGUUGCGCACCGAGCCUGAGGUGAUGUACUGGACGGCCGUGGGCGUGCCGGACGCGGACGAGGAGCUCACCUGGACGAGGCUGCGGGCGUUCCUCCCGCCGCGGGACCAGUCGCACUACAAUUUCGCCAUCUGCCUGCGCGAGACGGGCGAGUUCAUCGGCGUCGGCGGCUGCCACGCGCCGCGGUCGAGCCUGGGGAGGCCCGAGGUCGGCUACAUGCUCAAGAGGGACGCCUGGGGUAACGGGUUCGCCACCGAGUUCCUGAGGGCAUGGCUCGGCGCGUGGGAGCGGCUGGAGCGGGAGGAGACCGAGAUCGAGGUCGACCCGCGGACGAUCGGGGGAGACGAGGCGAGGGGCGAGGGCGGGCUCGUGAGGGAGCGGCUCCUCGCGAUCACGGCGGACGGGAACGAUAGGAGCCAGGGGGUGCUCAAGAAGUCCGGGUUCGAGUGGUUCCUGACCUGGCUGGCCGUAGACUCGCGCAAGGGGAAAGGGCCAGACAACUUGAUCGGGUUGCCUACGUUCUGGUAUUUCCCCAAGACGGAGGAAUAAGAAUCAACAGAGGCGGGGUGGGGUUUGUUGGGGUUGGCGUGUGUGGAAAGUGUUGGAGGGCGCCUUUUAUUUACAUCGCUUUUUCUUCAUUUGCGGUCUGAAAAGAUCCCCGCUUGGCUUGUCCCUGAUAGACUUGGUUUUGUUUCUUUUUCUUUUUCCUCGUUUCUAUCCCGAUCUUCUAUCGACCGAGGUCAAGUUCAGGUGAGUCAUGCCUCAGGACUGGGGAUAGUGAACCCUAACCCCUG